AGGUAAGACUGCAGCACUUUACCUGGAUCUGUUCACCUGAUCACUUUCUCAUAUCACUGAUUAGUUAUUGGCAAAUUCACACCCUGUUGAUAGCAGUCGUGUGUUAUUGUAAUGUGUCUAUAAACUUAACAGCCAAGUCAAAUCCCUGGUGUACACUAGUGUACCUGGUCAGUAAAGCAUUAUUAUUAUUAUUAUUAUUAUUAUUAUCAUUGUUGUUAUUAUUAUUAUGAACUGAUGUUGGACUUUAAACACACAGCACAUCACCUCAGCACUGGCGUCACCAUGGUAACCGUGUCAGUCGUGUUCCUCCUGCUUUCAGCCUUUUCUCCUCCAGUCCACAGCCGCCUCACUACCUUCCAUUUCAUUCCGGUUGAAAUGAAUCAGACUGAGGCUCGGGCAGCUUGCAGAGAAAAUUACAUCGACCUUGUCACUCUGUACUCUGAUGAAGACAACACUGAACUGUAUAAUAUGAUGAUGAAGGCUGCUGAUGACGCAGGAUGGAUCGGUCUCUAUCGCAAUGAUUCCAGUGAGAAAUGGUCUAAUGGUGAUCCUGUAACAUUCAGAAAUCUGGCAGGGGAUUGUGGGACAUCGAGCUGCUGUGCUGCUGUGAAGGCUGAUGGUUCAUGGGAAAGUCUUCAGUGCACAGGGACGAGAUAUUUCAUGUGCUAUGAACAAGCUGCUUCUUCUCAGACUCCUAAUUAUCAUCUAAUCCGUGAGAAUAAGACCUGGUUUGGUGCUCAGCGUUACUGCAGGGGGAAAUACACUGACCUGGUCAGCAUCAGAGAUCAGCAGCAAAAUGAAGAGGUGAAGAUUAAAGGGUUAAACAGCAGCACGCCCUUCUGGAUCGGCCUGCUGCGUGAUGACUGGCAGUGGACUGAUGGAGGAAACUCCACCUACAGAAACUGGGCGAGUGGUCAACCUUUAUCAUCACCAUACAACUGUGUAAAACUGUUUGCAAGGGAAUGGUAUUCAGUGCCAUGCAGUAAUGUUCAAUACCCUCUGUGCUACAACACUUCCAUCCAUGUGAGUGAUGUGGCUCUGAGCUGGGAGAAAGCGCUGGAUUACUGUCAUGAAGGGAACAGGGCUGGAAUUCUGAACAUCGAUUCUGAAGCUGAACAGAAAGAGGUAGCAUCUGAGCUCAGGAGGAGGCGUGUCUCUGAGCCUGUGUGGGUGGGGCUUAGACAGAGCCGUCUCUUCGGGUUCUGGAUUUGGGCCAAUGGGAAGGCUGUGUUUCCGUAUUCCAACUGGGAUGAAGGGAAACAGCCCGAGCAUCAGCUCUCUCAGCACUGCGGCGCCGUCGUUCCACAGAAACACUACAGAUGGAAAGAUAUGAACUGUCAGUCUCACUAUAAAGCUCUGUGUCACAUCAAAUGUUCUCCAUGAACCUCUAUACAUUCAUUUUACUUUAAAAUUUACUUUAACUCUUUACCUUAAACAGAAUUUCACCAAAUCUGAAAUACUGUCUAAUAGCACUGUUUUUCUUUUAACAUUUGAAUGCGUUGCUUAAGGAGUUUAAAACUUAAUUUAAACAAUUAAAUAAAUUAUUAAACUUAAUUCCUCAAGCUCAGAGAUUACAUGGUUAUUCGUCAGUCUUGCAUUUUUUAUUUAAAUAUAUCUAUAGUAAUAAAAAUACUAAUUUCUGUAAUUGUAUUUCUCAUUUCAGUUUGAGUUAUUACACUUAUAGCUGUAACAUUUAUAUUUAUAACCAUUUUAAACAAUAUAUAUUCAAUUAAUCUAAAUAUUAAAAUCACAUAGGCUUGGAUUGUGGGUUUAUAAUCAUCUUAUUUUGAACCACUGUUAUUUUUCUUUCUUAAAAAUUAUUUCAUUCUGUAAUAAUCACAUUUUAUUGAAAUAAAUAUUCUGAAACAUAUUUUUGAAUAUUUUUAAUAAAUGUUCAGUAGUAAACAGCUAAAGCUAAUCAGCUCAUAUUGAUAUAAUGGCUUUUAGAAUUUUAGAAUCACAAAAACUAUUUACACUUAAACUCCACCUACAAACAUCACAUCAUACUCCUUUAACCCAAAUAUUCAGUCUGCCCUGGCUAGCAUUAAAUUAAAUACUGCUCUUUUCUCUAUAUAUGCUACCUCUGGGCAAAAUUACUCAUAAACAUGGUAUUAGCUUCCACUGUUA